AUGAUCGCCCGUGCCGCCCUCCGAUCCAGCCUCCGCGCCGCCAAGGCUCCCAGCCCGCUCGCCCAGCUCGGCGCCCGCCGUGGCUACGCCGAGGCCGUGAGCGACAAGCUCAAGCUCUCCUUCAUCCUUCCCCACGAGGAGGAGCAACAGACGCACGACAGAAUGAGAUGUUCGGAAAGCAGGAAACACGCAGCAUGGAAGGAUUGGCAGAGUUGGCGGUGGAAUGCCUGGGGGGCGGUGGAUGCAGUGGUACAAGUCACGCUCAACAGCUCGUCCCAACUCGAUGGCAGCGAAGAAGAAGAAGAACAGCAUGGCAUGCCGCUGGCGUCAGAAUCGACAGCCAAUGCCAUCUACAACUCGACCGAGGUGACGCAGGUCAACAUUGCGGCGUCGACAGGAGACAUGGGUAUCCUUGCCUCGCACGUUCCUUCCGUCGAGGAGCUGCGACCCGGUGUGCUCGAGGUGGUCGAGUCGAGCGGCACCAAGAAGUGGUUCGUGUCUGGCGGCUUUGCCACGGUUCACCCGAACAACAAGCUGGUCGUCAACGCCAUCGAGGCGUACCCGCUCGACAACUUCUCGACCGAGGCGGUGCGCUCUGCGCUCAGCGAGGCCCAGCGUGUGGCUUCGUCGUCGUCGUCCGCGGAAGCCAAGGCCGAGGCCGAGAUCGAGAUUGAGGUCUACACCGCCCUCCAGGCUGCUCUUGGCCGCUCCUAA